CUUCCUCCCUGCUGUUGCUCAGGUGAGCUGUCCGAAAGUUUGUGAGAACAGCAGGAUGGCGGACGACACAUACGAGUCGAUUCUCUGCGUUAAGCCGGAGGUGCACGUGUACAGGAUUCCUCCACGCGCCUCUAACCGGGGGUAUCGUGCCGCUGACUGGAAGCUGGAAGAGCCGGCGUGGAGCGGCCGCUUGAAGAUCACCGCCAAGGCCAAAACCGCCUUCAUCAAACUGGAGGACAGGAACACAGGUGAGCUGUUUGCACAGGCUCCAGUGGAUCAGUACCCCGGUGCGGCUGUAGAAGCCGUAACAGAUUCCAGUCGCUAUUUUGUGGUCAAGAUUGAAGACGGGAACGGACGACACGCGUUCAUCGGGCUCGGCUUUGCUGACCGCGGAGACUCGUUCGACUUUAACGUGGCCCUGCAGGAUCAUUUUAAGUGGGUGAAGCAGGAGGGUGAACUGGCCAAGCAGGAAGCCAGUCAGAGCGCAGCUCCCAAACUGGACCUGGGCUUUAAAGAGGGACAGACCAUCAAGAUCAGCCUUGGGAACAUAAAGAAGAAGGACGCAGCAGGAGUUAAGUCACGUCCCGCUGGCGCUGGGGCACUGCUCCCACCCCCUCCUGGAGGGAAAAGUGGCGGACUCCUCUCUCCUCCUCCUGUCACCGCCCACCAGACCCCGGCACCCACUCAAUCAAGUACAGGGAUGUUGCUGGAUUUUGGUGCUCCGGCUCCUCAAACUCAGCCGUCUCAGGACCUGUGGGGGGAUUUCACUGCUGCUGGAUCAGGCACAUCUCAGGAAACUGUAAAACCAGGAUGGGUGCAGUUUUAAUUGUGUGAACGGGUACUUGUGUGUGAGGGCAGGAAGGCACACACACACACACACACACACACACACACACACACACACAGACACACCCUGUUUGCCCUCAGAGAGAGUUUGAUGAAAAGCUGGAGAGACAACACAAUGAAACACAAUUGUCUCAUUCUCUCUCUCACACACACAAACACACACAGAUUUAUAGUGAGUUGUGUCACAUGCACACAUUUUAAGCUCACUGAGAACAUUCCACUUUUUUUGUGUAGGAAAGUAUUCUUGAAGUGUAUUGUUUUUCUCCUGCAGUGAGAUCUGCUUUUAUCUUUUAUCUAUCGCUUUAUUUUUUCUCUUCAUUAACGAUAAUGUUGUUUACUUUUGCGCUUUUACUCAGAGCGUCGUGUUACGAGUGAAAGUGUGUGUAAUCCUCUCUCAGAGCUGAGGGCUGUACGAUGAGAAACGCGUCUGUUCUGUGGGAUUUGACCUCACUCCUUCAGGUCUAGAAGAGCGCCCCCUGUCCUGGGUCUCACUGGUGUUUUCUGGGUUUUAUACGCUAGCUUGCUGGCCUAAAUUCCUUCAUUUGGGGCGCAUGAAGGAACCAGUAAUUAAAUAAGGAAGAGUUUUAUUUGUAACAGUAAUGUUUAAAGCAUCGGGUUGUACAAAACAAUAAAUCUAUUUUAUAGUGUUACUUUCCUUUUACUGCUAAAAACUCUGCAACUCUCUAAAUGCAUUCACUCAGAAAUCUCUGAAUGUCUGUGGAGGUUUUUUCUUCCAUAAACACACACACACACUUUAUGAUCCCGUUCUGAAAUCACUGUCUGUACUGUGAUCACCUUUAAAGCGCUUAAUCACUUCACAAGUGCCUUUAAUCAUAGAAACACAUGUAUAAAAUGUAAAGCAACACUUUUAUUUGUAAAUAAAAAUCUUUUUUUCCCCUUU